AUGUUUUCCAACGCGAUCAAGCUAGAAAAUCUGAACGACUACUACAACGAGGCGGAGGAAUGCAUAAAGCCCUUUCUGUACGAGUCACAACUUAGAGGAGAAAUAUCCCUGACCGACUGCUUAGCCUGUAGUGGCUGCGUUACAAAUGAGGAGACCAAUUUUCUCAAAAACCAAAAUGCAGUAGAAAUUUUAAACGAAACUAGGAAAAAAAAAAUUAACAUAAUUUCCUUGUCUUUGCAAAGCAUCACAGCCUUGUCUAUACAUUAUGAUUUGCCCAUUCAGAGGACACAGAAGAAGUUAUGCUAUUUGUUUAAAUCGCUCGGCUUCGAUUAUGUGUAUGAGUCCUCCCUCAGCGAGUUCAUAACUCUGAAUGAGAGCAAGCGCGAGUUUAUGCACCACUUUGGGGAGGCCACAGGGAUAGUGCAACAGAGUCAGCACUACCAAAACGAUGCCGAUGAUACCGUGAGCAGUAAAAGGGACAAACGAGUGAAGUCCAAACGGGGAAGUAAAACUGAGCUGAGGGGGGGUAACCUGGAGAAGGUACUUACAAAUGAGAGUAAGCUCACCAGAGGGAAUAGCAACCUUUCCUCUGCCUACACACGUGAGGGAAAUGUCUCCCUUCCUCUGAUCUGCAGCCAUUGCAGUGGCACCGUUAUAUAUGGAGAGAAGAAUUUCGAUGAAGAACAGCUAAACGCAUUUAGUAAGGUAAAGUCCAGUCAGGACAUACAGGGAAUUAUCUUAAAAAUCCUGCACCUCCAGAGGAGCAUAAAUGUGACAUUGCCCCUGUUGGAAAGCCUCCCCCCGGUGAGGAACUUUUUCAAUUGGUACUGCAAAUACGAGUCGAACUUUUGGUCCAUUUGCAGGAAGCACUAUCGCAGGAACCACGGUCUUUUGCAAUCGGGCCAAGUUGGAAGCGGAAGCAGCAAUGUUACUGCCAACCCACCGACGAUCUACGAUAUCAACCAUGUUUACCUGCUGUACUGCUUCGACAAGAAGUUGGAGGCGCACAGAAGUAACCUUCCCCAACAGAAUUCCCUAAAUGAGAACAUGCUUUCCUACCUGUCUUACGUCUCGCCACGGACAUUCGACCGGAUGGGGGACACGGCCAACACAGACCAACAGGAGAAGAGGAACUUCCACUGCGUCGAUGCUGUGAUAACCACGGUGGAGCUGGUCGAGCUCAUAAACGACACGGACAUUGAUUUUCUUUCCCUGCCAGAGAUGCCCGUUGACAGUGUCUACGACCUUUUGCGGGGCGCCAUGAAGGGGUUGCACGCAGAUAAAACGAAAAGGGGCCCCGACGAAAUUGGCGCAGAGGAGACACUAUCCACGACACAAACCGAACAACCUGCCACCAGCAACCUGCACGAACUGAGCGAACUGCGCGAACUUUACGACCAGCUCGCUCAGUACACACUCCGGUGCGGCAACCGAAAUAACAUUUCGAUGGGCUACGGAGAAGAAAUUUUCAAAUAUGUGUGCAGAGAAGUGUUCAAUUUUGAGGUGGACGAGAAGGACUUCGCUUUCAAGUACCACGACAUAGUGGUGUUAUCCCUGUUUCAGGGCGACCACUGCGUUUUCCGGGUCAUCCUGUCCUACGGCUUUAAGAGCAUGUAUAGUGUUAUCCGGAAGGUGAAGGAGGGAAAGGGGGGUAACGCACCACGGGGAAAUUCACCAUCGAGUGGUACACCACCCAACCCUACCGGCGAGGCAAAAAAAUAUGACGUGAAAAUUACCUACAAUUUGCACUUCACAGGAAGAAUCGACUACAUCGAAUUGAUGGCAUGCGAAAAGGGCUGCCUCUUCGGAUGCGCCCAGAAUAUUUUUUCUGAACGUGUCCAUAGGCGCACCUCCUGCGUAUGCUACAACUCUCGCAUUUUUAAAAAAAUCGCUCAGCAGGAGGUUAUUGAAAAUUUUGAUUUCCUCCGUUCAGAUGGAAGGAGCGAUGCGCAGGGGGGUGCAGAACAAGCGGAUGAUGAAAUGAGAGGCAUUACCUGUGCCAGCGAAAAGCACACACGGUGUGAUGAUCACAUGGAGGAUGUAGAAGCCUCAUCGAUUAACCAAGGGGAAAAACAAAAUGGUUAUGUACUGUCUAAUCAGCAAAAAGUGGACACAGAAAAGCUUUUUCAAAAAAUGUAUGACACCAUGCAUAGUGACAAACUCACGGUGUAUGUCAAUUCAAGCAAGUGCGAUAGGGAUAUAAGCGUGAACUCGUUUUUAAAAAACAUCCGCAAAUUUUUCAACACGGAAACUUUCCACAUUCUUAAGACUUCCUUUUCUUCCAAGAAGAAGGCAGACAUUAUCAAUUGGUGA